AUGUCUUCCUCGAUUGCUAUCCCCGCCGGCCCCUCAGUCCUGGCUUAUGAAGACCGCCGCUCUUCUAAGGCCCCCGCCAGCUCCUCCUCGUCCACCUACUCCAGCUCGCCCAGGACGCCGUCUUCGUCUCUCAACUCCACACCCAACUCUGCACAGAAGCAGAAGAUGACCCAUGAGCGACGACCGAGCCUCCUGAGCACGGCAAUUUCCAAGCAGGAGUGCACUCUCAUCAACAUUGCGGACCCGGAUGGCCCCCCUCGCCUGAUCGGCUAUCUUUCCUCUAGCCAGGGCUUCGUGUGGAAUCCAGAGAUCUUCCUGCCGUCCUACAUCGAUUGCGAUUACGUCCCUCUGGAGAACCGACGAGAGCCGGUGCAUGACAUCGUGCUCAGCGACGAGGAGGUCAAGAACAUGCUCCCGCAAUAA